UAAAUUUUUUAAAAAAAAGCUCCCACUCAAAAUUUCAAACCCUUAUCUUUGACAAAUCUUCUCCAACAAUUUUCUUCCUUGUUCAACCUCUGGAUCUCCGUGUAUAUAUAUCUUCCACAAGUUAUUCACCAUCGCUACCUAAAAACCACAAGCAAUCUGAAACCUUUCUCCUCUUUUUUAUCUUGUUCACAUCCCCACACCCACAAUCUGCCAUGGCGACUCUCAAAGCUUCGUUUUUGCUCAAAACCCUCGACAGUGACGUCGCCGGGGAUGUUCUCUCGGAUCUGGAACGUCGUGGGUCAGGUGCUAUUCAUGUUAUCAUGGGUCCUAUGUUUUCUGGGAAAUCGACCUCUCUCCUUCGCCGAAUCAAGUCAGAGAUUAGUGACGGAAGAAGUGUUGCGAUGCUGAAAUCGAGCAAGGAUACGAGAUACGCCAAAGAUUCGGUGGUGACACAUGACGGAAUUGGAUUCCCUUGCUGGGCUCUUCCAGAUCUCAUGUCAUUUCCUGAGAAAUUCGGACAAGAUGCUUAUAACAAGCUUGAUGUGAUUGGUAUUGAUGAGGCUCAGUUCUUCGGAGAUCUUUAUGAGUUUUGCUGCAAAGUCGCUGAUGAUGAUGGCAAAACUGUGAUCGUUGCUGGCCUAGAUGGUGACUAUCUAAGGAGGAGCUUUGGCGCUGUACUUGACAUUAUACCAAUAGCUGAUUCUGUGACUAAGCUAACUGCAAGGUGUGAGGUUUGUGGACAUAAAGCUUUCUUCACUCUAAGAAAGAAUUGUGACACCAGAACUGAGCUUAUUGGUGGAGCUGAUGUCUACAUGCCUGUUUGUCGCAAGCAUUACAUCACUAAUCACAUUAAAGCUUCUAAGAAAGUGUUUGAAGAUUCUGACAAGGCAAGACCUGAAUCCUGUGUUGCUGCUACCAUCUAACUAUAAAUGAUAUGGAACAAGUAACAUCUGUUAUAGUGAAAUUUUCUUCUUUUUUGCUUGUUUGGUUUUUUUACUGGUCUGGUUUAUCCUCAAUGUUGUCUUUGAAAUACACUUGUGAUGUUCCUUGUAUAUAAAUAUAAGUUUGAUGCUUUCUCUA